AGCUGCGGAACAUAAACAAAACGCAAGGGGAAGGAGAGAGAAGCUUAAUUCGAAUUCUGUCGCCUCUCUCUCCUCGGACUCUUCUCCCCCUCGCUAGCCGGCGCCGCAAUAGAUCGCCGUUCGCCAGUGCCGGAGCAGGCCCCCCAUUCCGUUCCCUCUUCCCCGCGAGCAGGUCUAGUACAACCUCCGGAGUUUUCCCAUGGCCUCGGCUGCUUAUACUGAUGAUUCUGGUUCCGAGGUUAUUGAUCCUCCAAAGUCUGAGGUACUGGAUGUUGCUGAACUUGUCGGCGAUCAUAUCCAGCUUACACAAAAAUCAAAUGUGGUAGCUUCUAGCAGCGUUCGCGAACUUUUGGAAUGCCCUGUCUGCUUGAGUGCCAUGUACCCUCCUAUACAUCAGUGCUCUAAUGGCCAUACAUUGUGCUCUGGAUGCAAGCCAAGGGUUCACAAUCGCUGUCCAACUUGUAGGCAUGAACUGGGUAACAUAAGAUGCCUUGCUCUUGAGAAGGUGGCUGCAUCUCUUGAGCUUCCAUGCAAGUACCAGAACUUUGGUUGCUUAGGCAUUUACCCAUACUACUGCAAGCUGAAGCAUGAGUCACAGUGCCAAUAUAGGCCUUAUAGUUGUCCAUACGCUGGAUCUGAAUGUACAGUUGGUGGUGACAUUCCAUACUUGGUAAAUCAUUUGAAAGAUGAUCACAAAGUUGACAUGCAUAGCGGAAGCACUUUCAACCAUCGCUAUGUCAAGUCAAAUCCUCAUGAAGUUGAGAAUGCGACCUGGAUGCUUACGGUUUUCAGCUGCUUUGGCCAGUACUUCUGCCUGCAUUUCGAGGCAUUUCAGUUGGGCAUGGCACCUGUGUACAUCGCUUUCCUGAGGUUCAUGGGAGAUGAUGCGGAAGCAAAGAAGUACAGCUACAGCCUGGAGGUAGGAGGUGGUGGGCGCAAGAUGAUCUUUCAAGGGGUUCCCCGGAGCAUCCGAGACGGCCAUCGGAAGGUCAGAGAUAGCUAUGAUGGGCUAAUAAUCCAACGGAACAUGGCCUUGUUCUUCUCUGGUGGUGAGAGGAAGGAGCUUAAAUUGAGGGUCACCGGGAGGAUUUGGAAAGAAGAGUGAAAUGAUCCAGCCGAUUCAUCCAUUUCCCUGGUAUGAAUGAGCCCAUGGGUCGCAUCAUGAAAACUGUAUUUCCUAGGGGCUGAUUCUGAAGCGUGCAAAUUGUAAUACCUGUAGCCUGUUUUAGCCAUCGUCUGCUCGAUUGGUGUCUGCUCAGAUAACCUGGGUGACAGUGAUACUGUUGUAGGAAUCUCCUCUUUGCCAUUCUGUAGCAUAGGGGAGCCUAUUGGCAACACAUGAGAUGUAAAGGUUCUAUGUAGCUUUCGUUCUCUGUUCCAAACUCCGUUUCCAUGAUUCAUUUAAGAGGAUGUGUAACAGCUUGAGAAUUAGAACGUGGAUUUUAUCAUGAUGAAAUGCAAGAAACAUUGGAGUUGGCGUUGCAAA